AUGAAUGGCUCAAAGUUGAAUUUGGAUGGGAAGUGGUUUGAUUGGUUAUGGAUUUGGAUUCAUAUUCGGAGUGGCUAUGGAUAUGUGCUCUUCAUGGAAAACCAAAUGGUUUGUAACUUGGUUGAAGGUGGUCAUAGCUCUAAGCAAUUUCAAGUAAUCAGCCUUGACCUCAGUUGCAGCUGGCUUUCUGGCACCCUCCCUUUAAACAGCAGCCUCUUCCUCCUUUCAAACUUGCAAAGGCUCGACUUAUCGUUCAAUGAUUUUAAGAAAUCCAAAAUUUCAUCCAAGUUUGGUAUCUUUGCAAGCUUAACACACCUCGACCUUUCCCGUUCUUGGUUUUCCGGCCGAGUUCCCUAUGAAAACUCCUAUCUAUCCAAAUUAGUUUCCCUGGAUCUUUCCACCGCUUCAGCUAUUGAUCUUAUCUCUUAAGCAGAUGAAUCAGUUCUGAAACUUGAGCAAUCCACUCUGAAUGGAAUUGCUCUGAAUCUAACAGAGGUAAGAGACAUUUCUUUUGAUGGAAUAGACAUGUCAUCGGUUGAUCCUAACUCCUUCAUGAAUCUGUCCUAUUCUCUCACAUCUUUUAGUCUCAUUGGUUGUGAUUUACGUGGAACAUUUCCAGAGAAUUGUUUCAAUCUUCCCAAAAUCAAGUACCUCACAUUGGAUAGAAAUCCUAGUCUCACUGGUCAGCUUCCACACUCCAAUUGGAGCAGUCCUCUUGAGGAUUUGGAUGUAUCUCUUACGUCUUUCUAUGGAGAAUUGCCAGAAUCAAUUGGCAAUCUAAAAUCAUUACAGGGUUUGGGUCUUGUUGGUUGUAACUUUUCGGGAUCAAUUCCAAGAUCACUAGGAAAUCUAUCUAGCCUUAGCUUUUUAUUCCUUCCAUAUAACUAUUUUAGUGGUACGAUUCCAUGUUCACUAACAAACCUCACACAACUGAGAAUUCUUGGUCUAAAUUUUAACCGAUUAGAGGGUUCCAUUCCUGAUAGUCCAAACGCAUUUCCAAAUCUAGGCUUUCUAGAUUUAUCUGAUAACUUACUUAACGGUACAACACCAUCUUGGCUUUACACCCAUCCAAGUUUAAAAUUUUUAAAUCUUAGAAACAACCAGUUCAUUGGUCAUAUCAAAGACUUCCAACAAAGUGUUUUGGACUAUAUAAAUUUCAAAAAUAACACCUUUCAAGGAACCAUUCCAAGCUCAAUAUCGAAACUUGUAAACCUUACUUUUCUUGAUUUAUCAUCAAAUAGUCUAAACGGUACGAUAAGUUUGGGCAUAUUCUCAAAGCUUCAAAAUCUCACCUGGCUUGAGCUUUCAUCUAAUACCCUAUCACUAAUAAGCUCCAACAGCAGGGUCAAUUUUGUUUUAGCUAAUCUUGAGCGUGUGAAUUUAUCGUUUUGCAACAUCAGUGAAUUUCCUAAUUUUUUAAAGGGGUCAAAAGUUUUGAAAAGUUUAGACCUUUCCAGCAAUAGAAUUGAUGACAAAAUUUCCAAAUUUCCAUGGAAAAAUAUUGAGUUUCUUGACCUGCGUUCUAAUUUCAUUCAAGGUGAUCUACCAAUACUACCCCACAAUAUCAGAUUCUUUUCAGUUUCAAACAACAAUUUGAUGGGAGAAAUUUCUGGUGUAUGCAAUAUGAAGUUUCUUGAGAUUCUCGAUCUGUCUCAUAAUAACUUCAGUGGAAUCAUCCCACAAUGUAUUGGAAGCUUUAGUAAAAGUCUUACAUUGUUGAAUUUGAAGAUGAAUAAGUUCCAUGGAAUUGUUCCCCCAACAUUUGCAAGAAGAUGUGGAUUAAAGAAUCUGAACUUGAAUAGCAAUCAUUUGGAAGGGCCACUGACUCGAUCAAUCAGCAAUUGCAAAGACUUGGAAGUGCUAGAUCUUGGUAACAACAAGAUAAACGGUACUUUUCCUCAUUGGAUCGUAGCACUAUCAGAGUUGCAAGUGCUUGUACUACAUUCCAAUAAAUUCCAAGGUUCGAUAGGUGCUUCUAAAAAUCCGCAAUCUCUUCCAAAAUUGCGAAUCAUUGAUCUCGCCCAAAAUAACUUUUUGGGUCCUUUCCCAACAAGUUAUAUAAAACAUUUUAAAGGAAUGAUGAAGCUUGACGAGGGCAAAGCUGUGCGCUACAUGGGG